GGGGGGGGGGAGACAUGGAGAGGCCUGAUGCCAAGAGGAGUCACUCGGGGAGGGGGUUCAUGCGGGCCCCGAAGAGAGCAGCCUCGGGCAGUGCAGAGACGACAAGAUGUUCACCAGGAAGCGGCGUGUGCGCGAGGCAUAACGCGCCGCUGGACGUUUACUGCUGCACGGAGCAGCGGUGCGUGUGUGCGCUGUGCACCUCGGCCGAGCACUCGGGACACCGGAUCGGGACUGUGAGAGAAGAACGGAGGCGGAAACAGAUGGAGCUGGGGAAUUUACAAACAAAAUCCAAGCAGAUUCUCCGGACACAAGAAGAAAAAUAUGAGAACUUGGGGGAGACUCUCAAACGGAUUCAGGAGGCGGCGGGAGAGACACAGGACUAUUGUGAAAGCGUCUUGGUCGGCCUCAUUGACUCCCUGCAGAGACACUACACGUCGGUGAGGGAGCUGAUCGGAGGACACGGGGAAGAGGCAGCGGCGCGGGUGGAGGACUCCCGGCGGACGCUGCAGGGGGCGAUGGAGGACCUGAGGAAGAGAGACGCUGAGCUGGAUCGUCUGGCACAGACUGACAGCGAUCUUCAUUUCUUGCAGGAAUGGACCUCAAUGCAGCGCCUCUGUAAAGAAGACCAUCGCCACCCCGUUUACGAGGACUCAGAAGAUCCUUUUCACCCGUUCGAGAUGACAAAGAGAGCCGUCGAUCAGCUCGGGGAGCAGCUGGAGAAGAUUAUUGAUAGAAAGUUUGACUUAGUCUCUCAAACUGCUGGCGGUGGAGAGCUGCAGGAAUCAGAAGAAGAGUCAGAGGAGGAUGACUUGCAGCAAAGAUUUGAGGCCAAUGACACACAGUCCCAUGUUCCGUCUGGAGUUCACAUCAUGACUGAAAGGGACAUGGAGCCUCAGACCAGAGCAGAGUUCCUGCAGUACGCCUGCGGCCUCAGGCUGGACCCCGCCACAGCUCACGAGGACCUGGCUAUUUCUGCAGGAGACAGAGAAGUGAGGCUGAGCCCUCUCGGGCGUAGGAGGCCAUCCGUCCGCUUCCCGCUGAGGUUCCUGCACCGCCGGCAGGUGCUUUGCAGGGAGGGGCUGCGGGCCGAGCGCUGCUACUACGAGGUGGAGGUGGAGGGGGGCAAGGCCGAGAUCGCCCUGGCGUACAGAGGAAUGGACAGAAAAUCUCGCACCCACGUGUCAGCUUUUGGGGGCAACGCGAAAUCCUGGAGUCUCGAUCGCUCGGCGAACCACUACUCGGUGAGCCACCGGUCCGAUAGCGUCCAGCUCACAGCGCGGCCCAGUCGGAGCAGGCUGGGCGUUUAUCUGAACUGUAGGGAGGGAACUCUGUCGUUCUACGAGGUGUCAGACACCAUGGUGUUCCUUUACAAGGUUGAAGCUGAAUUCACAGAGCCGCUGUAUCCGGGCUUCUGGCUCGGAGAGGACUGUUGCAUCAGGAUCUGUGAUUUAAGACCAGAUGGAGUGUGAUCUAUACCCGGGAGGUUUGUAGUGACGGCUUAUAUUAUUCGUCUGCGUUUAUCUCUAUUUAUUAAAUUCUGUUUCAUUUUCAUUAGCAACCAAUGGGAAAUGCAUGUGGUAGAUGUACAGUAUAUAUAGUCAAAAUGGUUGUUAAAUAAGACCCUCCCAUGUUAGCAGUAGUGUGUAAUACGGUAAUGCUCUGAGCUAAAUGCUAAUGUCAGCGUACUUGGUCGUUAAUAAUGACAAAACAAUGAUUUUAAGCAGGAAAAGUGUUUUAACUAAUUUGCU